GCGGUGAUGAUGCAAAAGAGUCACGGAUGUCUGCACGUAGAAGCGGAGGGGCGGGGUCACGUCACGGCAUCCCAGCAUUCCAGUUUUUCAUAGGUUGAUGGCGUAGGCUGGGGGGAAAAGAAAUAAUAAAAACAACUGCGUGCGGGUACGUGCGGUUCACCUCGCAGCCGCCGUAUGUGACGUGACGGAUUCAGAGAGAAAAAGGAGGGAGGCACCGCUGCAGCAGUGUAUCAUUGUCCGUCCUGUAGUCACGACAGCUGAGAGCGCCGGCGGGCGGGUCCUGCAAAGCUUUCAACCACCACCUGAAGAUCUCCUCUCUGCAGCCUUCAUUUUGAGUGAAAUUUAGUCCGGUGAUCAUCCAGAUUGUUUCCAGAAGAUGGAGGAGCAGCAGGGAAAUCAGGUAACAGGUUAUCUCCUGUUCUCUCUGGGCACCGCCGUCAUCGGCUCUCUGCAAUUUGGUUACAACACAGGAGUCAUCAAUGCUCCGGAGCAGAAACUACGAUCAUUCUUCAACGAUACCUGGGUCGAGCGUUAUGGAGAGCCAAUCUCUGCGGGGGUAUGUACCAUGGUCUGGAGUGUUGCUGUCGCCAUCUUCAGUGUGGGCGGCAUGGUUGGCUCCUUCAGCGUAGGCGUCAUGGCAAACCGAUUUGGCAGGCGUCGCUCCAUGUUCCUGGUGAACUCCCUGGCUGUGAUCGGUGGCCUCCUCAUGGGCUUCUCCACUAUCUGCUCCUCCUACGAGAUGGUUAUUGCCGGUCGCCUGAUCAUCGGCCUGUUCUGUGGUCUCUUUACCGGUCUGACUCCCAUGUAUGUGGGGGAGGUGUCACCCACUCCCUUACGAGGAGCCUUCGGCACUCUUCACCAGCUCGGUGUGGUGGUGGGCAUCCUGAUCGCUCAGAUCUUUGGUCUGGAGGCUCUGCUGGGCUCAGCCAAGCUGUGGCCCCUGCUGCUGGCCCUCACUGUGGCCCCUGCUGUCCUGCAGUGCAUCCUGCUGCCCUUCUGUCCCGAGAGCCCUCGCUUCUUGCUCAUCAACCUCAAGCAGGAGGAGCAGGCACGUAAAGCACUGGUGCGUCUGCGUGGCAGUGAGGAUGUGAGUAAAGAUCUGCAGGAGAUGAAGGAGGAGAGCGCCAAGAUGGCCAUGGAGAAAAAGGUCACCAUCCCGGAGCUUUUCCGCUCUGCAGCGUAUCGUCAGCCCCUCCUUAUCGCUGUCAUGUUGCAGCUCUCCCAGCAGCUGUCUGGGAUCAACGCUGUGUUCUACUACUCCACAGGCAUCUUUGAUUCAGCCGGUGUCAAACAGCCCAUCUACGCCACCAUCGGAGCUGGCAUCGUCAACACUGUCUUCACUGUUGUAUCCCUCUUCCUGGUGGAGAAGGCAGGACGAAGGACUCUGCACCUGCUGGGACUGGGUGGAAUGGCGAUCAGCGCUCUGCUCAUGACCAUCUCCCUCCUGCUGAAGGACCUUCCCGUGAUGAGCUACAUGGCCAUCAUUGCUGUUAUGCUUUUUGUGGCUAUGUUUGAGCUUGGCCCCGGUCCAAUCCCAUGGUUCAUUGUGGCCGAGCUGUUCUCUCAGGGGCCUCGUCCAGCAGCCAUGGCUGUGGCUGGCUGCUGCAACUGGACGGCCAAUUUCCUGGUUGGAAUAAGCUUCCCAAAACUAGUGGAGGCAUGCGGGCCUUGGGUAUUCCUCAUCUUCACCGCCUUCCUAAUCAUCUUCUUCAUCUUCACCUUCAUCAAAGUCCCAGAGACGAAGGGUAAGACCUUCGAUGAGAUCGCUCGCAGCUUUGGUGGCGGCCCGCCUCCCACCUCCUCAUCUGUUGAGGAUCCUCCUGCCACUGCCAGCGCCGCCACAACGCUUCCUGCUUCACCAGUGAAGGAAAAGGUCCCGCUGGUGGAGGCGCCACCGCCGGCAGCAGCAGCAGUAGUUGAUCCACCCCCGGCAGCUGAAACCACACCCCUUGAUGUUAAAUCCAAAUCAGCAGUGCAGGAGAGUGUGUAGAGCAGCUGUAGGUAGAGUUUAAUGGGUGAAGGGGGUUAUGAAUGAAGGAAGAAUCACAGAGAUUACAAAAGUGCUGUAAAUUGUAAUUAAUUAUCAAACCUUGGAACAAUAGAAACUUUAUAAUUUUAAUACCAAAAAUGGCAGCAUUAUCAGCUUAGAGGUGUUGACCUUUAAAAGGUCAUGCUUUCUGCUUUUGUGGUAGACUCCUUAUUAGUCUCUGACAUUUCCUCAACUUCCUUCUUUUAUAUCCUCCCUUCCUCACCUGUGAAAGGGAAGCAGUCACUGUACAAUGCUACAGAUUAAAUCUACUGUACAUUCCUAGGAAUUAAGCUACAUUCAUUAAAAGGGUGAGUCUUUUUCAAGACAGCUGUGUGUCUAGUCAGGGCGGCACUUUUCCAACACAAAUGCAGGUUGUGUUAAUGGAAAGUGUUGCUGUCCAGGCAAAGGUCCAGGUUUAAAUGUCCGUCACUGCAGACUAGAAGCAGAAUGUGUUGACAACGGCACAGCCUUUUGUUUCCAGACAUGCUAAGUCCAUUCUGAGUUCAGGUCCAUGUAGUGCAAGAGGCAACAUGGAUAGCGAUGAUGCACUAUUUAUUUAUUUAUUUUUUAUUUAAUGUAUUUUGAAAGUUUAGACAGGCAUUGUAGUAUAUAUUAUAGUGCAAUAUAACUUGAUAGUUUCAUGUAGUGAUAUUUAAUGAUCUGUUAAUUCUUCUAGUGUUUUCGGAAGUGUUUUCAGAAGGGAUUUUUAGAAUUUAUGUUCUGCCUUCAGCUGUUAAAUAUGAGCUGACAAGCUGUGGAGCUUUUUAGCAAUGCCAAAGUACUGAACUUUAAUUUCCACCUGGUGAACACGUGUAACUUUAAAUGUGUUUCAGUUUGGGAAAUUAGCAGCAGCAGCCACAGGUCUCAAGUUUAUUCAUUCUGAAAGCUGGUUAAAGCUGUAAUCCACAAGUUUGUUCAACUUUAUUUAGUUUAGCACCUUGUUCUGCUUUUUCUUGAAUUUAGGUAAAAGGAAUACAAAAUGAUCAUUUGCAUAUCAAUGUCCUACCCUGUGUAACACUGAGUUCAUGAAGAAAACUUUGCUCCACAGUGAACGAAGAAUCCAAAAACAGAGAAAAUGCUCAGUGGUUUGAAGCCAAUGGAGGCAGCGUUUAACAACAGCAAAACUAUAUCACAAAGCUGGUUUAUAAACACUCACACAACUUGGCCUUAGUACAAUCUGAGUUAGCAAACAUUGGUCUGACGUUGACGUUUCCUUGGCCCAAACUGGUCCCGGUCAGACACCAAAAUCUGAAACGUGGUGAUACGGCAAAUGGCCAGAUGAUGGUGUUAUUUCCACCUCCAAUUCCAAGAAGCCCAUUCAGAUUCUGUCUUACAAGCAUAUUAUUAUAAUAUUGAUCAUAUUAUUGCUGUGAAAAAGCAAAUAGAUACAUCUUUGUUUUGUUUUUUUUGUAUCACAACAAUGAUUUAUUGACAAUUUUAUUUCUUUGGUUGUGGAAUGGUUGUAAUCAGAUGGCCACACCAUGAUGUCCACUCCAAGUGCAAAGAGUAGUAUUACUGGACGCCCAUUUUUUUUUAAAAAAAAAAAAAAGUGGGUUUUUUUGCAUUCUUGCCUUCAAUUGAUAGGACAGUAUUAAGUGUGAAGGGGGAGUAUAUGCAUUUGAACUCUGCUAAUGCUUUCCAUUUAGCAGAGUUCAAACGAAUGUGUUUUCUCAGGCACGCUACAUGCAUGAGACUAUUUAUUCAGAAGUGUUUUAAAUAGAAAGGUUUUUGUGAAAAUGCAUGUGUUUGGGAAGUACUGAGCAUAUGACUGCAUAAAUGAGACCUGGAUUAUGCGGCACCGGUUGUUUGAGAAGUUGUAAACAUAUGUUUUGAUAUAAUUUUGCUGUUGUUAGAUGCGGCCCCCUUUUAUCAUCAAGAAUUUUCGUCUUUGGUUUCUUUGUUCAAAAAAGUUUUCCUGAAGAAUUCAUCGUAACAUGGGGUGAAUAACUGCUGUUCAAAAGGUCUUUUUGUGGAUGAAAUAUGCGUUUAACUGAGUUGGUGCUGAGUUCAGUCCAAACAAACAAAUUUCCUGUUUACCAGAGAAUUUGGUUUAAAAAAAAAAAUCAUUCACUCCUUAUUGAUUCAAUUUCCACUCAAAUUUAUGAAUAGACAAAUACAUAUUCUGUUGUUAAAUCUUGUGGAUUAUUGCUUUAUUGCAUUGGUAAAUUACUGCAAGCAUUUUAGGACAUGCUAUGACUGAGGCCUGUGGACAAAAACAUGUCGGCUGGAUUGUCAUAGAUUACAGUAGGGUAAUGUGCAAUGUAUAUUAUUUUUUGUUAGAGAGAAAAUUAUGAGUAUUUAUUUCCUUAGAAAUUAAUUUUUAUAUGAAGUAUAAAAUUAUAAUACACUAAAGCCAGUUUAGAAUCGUAAUGCUUUCCAGAUUAGCCCAAGUAAUGAAAAGCUAAAUGAGUCUGCAGUGAGCUUUUCCUGCUGUGGUGGAGUAAACCUACAUCACAUGAAGUGCAACACUGUAAAUCUCAUUUGUUACUCUCUG